AUGGCGCAAAUGAUACCGCAAGCGGUCUUGGAUCAGCUCAAGGACCAGAUCGAUCAGGAUUCAAAAACCAAGGAGGCACUCGGCGACAUUACUGAGAAGCUUGAGCGUGAAGUCGCAUACUCCCAGGGCGUCAUCUCGCGGGUCCAUGCCACAAGGGUUGCCGACUAUGCUACAGCGCUGCUGCCGCAACUGGAGGCUGCAAUCAAGGACAUGAUUGCCACCAUUAAAGCGCUCGAGGAGGAGGCUUCGAGGCAUCCGUAUUACAAAUACAACUUUAAAUGGACCCGUCAUGUGCGGGGUGCCAUAUUCGCCGUUGUGCUCUGCGCAUUCUUGGGUGGCCUCGGCAACGAGACCAAGCCUGGAGAGUUGGGUAGACUAUUGAGCUUGGAGGAGGUCGGUGCUGUACUCCAAGUGCCUGUCAACAUUCAAGACCGCGAUGCCUUUCACAUCACCAUUGAGGAGUAUCUGCUGGCGCUGACCGACCUGACCAACGAGCUGAGCCGGCUGGCAACCAACACGGUGACAUUGGGCGACUUUGAUAUGGCGGUCCGCAUCAGCUCCUUCGUGCGUGACCUGCAUGCUGGCUUCCAGCUGCUGAACCUCAAGAACGACAUCUUGAGGAAGCGUGUUGACAGUGUCAAGUACGAUGUCAAGAAAGUCGAGGAUGUGGUCUACGAUCUGUCACUGAGGAACUUGAUCCCGGGGAGGCAGGGUGCAGGUACAGCACAGUAG